AUGUCAGGUUAUAGAGCUAAAGAUAGAGAUUCCUUAGAAUACAGAUCAUCCCAACAUGAUGGGAGAAGAACUUCAAAUAAGGAGAGAUCAGAAUAUAGUCAAGGUGGAAGCAGUAGUCCACCAAGACGUACAAGUCAGAAGUACUCAACUGCAUUGCGCAAUGAAGACUUACGGCCUUUUAGCUACGGAAUUUUUCCUCAGCAGAGAAAGGAAGGGAGAGAUUCAUCCCCAAGCCAACAAUGGGAAGAACCUGUGAACAGGCGAGCAUCAAGUUUUAAUACUGAUCCCUCGUCUAGAACAUUUCGGGAAAUGGGCUCUUCCGGAUAUGAGAGACGGCCAUCAAAUAUCAUGCGAUCCGGACCAGCUGAAGUGGAGCCAGCUGUUCGCCCGUUAAAGGCAAGAAAUGUGGUGUCUGGUAGUGUCCAAGAACCCAGUUUAACAGCAAGACAGCGACCUACACGAACAUCCGAAGCGGAGGGCCAGCUAGAAAUACUAGCAGAGGAGCAGAGUGUGGAAGGACAAGGAACUAACCCAGAGAUCAGGCAGCGAAGAGGAGCUAACUCUGCUGGAACAGCACAAAUGAUGGAAGAGGUCAGAGAAGUUUUCAAUGGAGCUGAAGUAGAUCUCGCGCUGAUCAAAGGUCUGCCCACCUCAAUCAAGAUCAAAAGACAAAUUUUGGAGACAAACAUAGAUAGCAUUGGAAUGACGACAUUCAAUAGAUCAUUCUUAGAUGUUGUUGAUAAAAUGGUUGCAGGGAUGAGGAAAUUAGACUUUUUCAAAAGAUCCGUUUUACACACAGAAAAAAAGUUUGGAUCCGGAGCAGCAAGUUUUUUUAAACUUUUGAAAUGGUUCAUCUUCCAAAACCUAAUCGUCUCUCUAGCUGUGAUUGUAUUUUUGUUGCUUCCCUACAAUACUUACACAUCAAGGAUGGACAUCCAAAGAGCAAACUUUUCUGUUUCGGAUUUGUUCACAGGCGAGGGAUACCUAGAGAAGUCUGAGCUGUUUUAUGGAUUCUAUUACAAUUCGAAUGGUACAUUGGAUGUGUACUGGUCUGAGUAUCUUAUACAGGAUGGAUAUUUUUAUACAAUCCUGGUUUCUUAUUUGUUCUACAUCAUUGUAUGCGGGGCCUUCAUCGUUAAUUCAUACAGGGUAAGUUAAUGAAUCUAGGAAUAAAAGUCACGGUGAAAGAACGUCAUGCAGAAAAAGUUUCUGAAAAAAACCUGGAAAUACAACUUUCGUAAAAAAAUCCAAUGACCGAAUGUUAUUGGAGAUAAGUUUUGGAUUUUGGAUUCCGGGGAUUUUUCCCCUAAGAUAGUAUGGGGAUUGGGCAAUGCCAAUAAAGUCUAAGAAUGAUACAUAUAUCACAGAAAUUAAAGUCCUGAAAAAAUAUGUCCGAGAAAAAUCACAUGUAUAAAUGUGCAGUGUACAUUGCACAAACUGAACCAACCAAAUGUAUAAAUGUGCAGUGUACAGUGCACAAACUGAACCAACCAAAUGAAUAAAUGUGCAGUGUACAGUGAACAAACUGAACCAACCAAAUGUAUAAAUGUGCAGUGUACAGAGCACAAACUGAACCAACCAAACGUCUAAAUGUGCAGUGUAAAGUGCACAAACUGAACCAACCAUAUGUAUAAAUGUGCAGUGUACAGAGCACAAACUGAACCAACCAAACGUCUAAAUGUGCAGUGUACAGAGCACAAACUGAACCAACCAUAUGUAUAAAUGUGCAGUGUACAGACAGUGCACAAACUGAACCAACCAAAUGUAUAAAUGUGCAGUGUACAGUGCACAAACUGAACCAACCAAAUGUAUAAAAAGACUUUAGAAUUAGGAGUGCAUAUAAUUCUUUAAAAAACCCCUAGAACAUACUCAAAAUGGCAGUAUUUUCUUUCAGAAAUCAAAUGAUUAUAUGGAACUCUGUAAAACUGUUCCCACACAUUCAUGGCUAUAAUUUAUUUAUUUUCGCAAAUACUGAAAUUUACGUAAUAUAGUAUAAAACUUAUUGAAAAAUUGUCAAGACGACAUUUGAUAAAUUCUUCCGAUGUAUUCGUUAUUAAGGGUUAUACUGUACCAUGUAGCGUAUUCAUAGUUUUAAAUAUCUAAAGUCUACUAUAUCUGGUAUUAAAGGCAUAUAGGAA